AUGGUGCAAGCAUCUCCCUUGCUCCUCGUGCUCUUCCUGGCCCUGGGGGCUCACGGCCUUGCUGUGAAAAAGUGCUCCCUGACCGGGCGCUGGGUCAAUGACCUGGGCUCCAACAUGACCAUCACGACCGUGAACGGCAAUGGUGCCUUUGCUGGCUCCUACCACACGGCUGUGACAGCCACCUCCAACGAGAUCAAGCUGUCACCGCUGCAGGGAUCCAUGCAGAAGAGCCCUAACCAGAAGGGCCAACCCACCUUUGGCUUCACCGUCAACUGGAGCUUUUCAGACUCCAUCACUGUUUUCACGGGCCAGUGCUUCGUGGAUGAGUAUGGAAAGGAGGUUUUGAAGACCAUGUGGCUGCUGAGGUCACGUGUGGAGAACAUCAAAAACGACUGGAAAGCCACCAGGGUAGGCACCAACGUCUUCACCCGCCUGCAGGCACUGGAGUGA